CUCCUUCUAAACAACGACUUGCAGAAACUCCUGACUCUCCAAAAUGCAACUCCAACCUGUUUUUGUUUUGGCCGCAAUCAAACAAAACAUGUCCCAGACUGAACCAUGGCCUCGCUAAAUAUGCAAAAUCUUCCAAACGAGCUCGUGGCUCACAUCCUCAGCUUUCUUGACUCUGAAUCUGAUUUACAAAGGCGCAUUUAUCUUGACCCUGCAAAGCUCAACAGGCCGGUAUCAUCCGGUCCAAAUACACCCCUCAAGAACGCUUCUUUGGUAUGUCGUCUCUGGAGAAGUUCUGUGAUGAAAAUACUCUUCCGUUAUGUCGUUUGGCCGUUUUGGCGAUUUUACAAGCCAGUCGCACAAGAUGUCGCAUCACAAAUUGAGGUCCUGAAUUUCAUCCGAAGAAACAACCUAUCAUCCUCCGUUGAGAACUUCACUAUCCUGAUCGAUCUUCCUCUCGGAUCAGGCCAGAAUCGAUAUCCGGAUGGUCAAUUCUGGGGUGUUCUGCCUCCUGUAUCUCAUCAGCCGGAGACGCCCAUGUCCUGGAAUUUGUUAUGGUCUGUUCUGAAUCAAGAGGACCGAGACGCCGAGGGUAGUGACACAAGGACUGAGGAAGACAGGGCGCAGUGUUUUUGGGAUAACAACUGGCUUUGGCAUACUAUCUUUGAUGUCAUUGAUCCCUCAAGAAUCACCAUGAUCAGCUCAAUAGACAUUCUCGCUUCGCUUUUGAGCCGAACUGUCGAUUUGUCGAGUCACUGGGCUUUCAACAGCACCUACUAUGUUCUAUCAUUAUCACGACCAUCACGAAGCAUCGCCGAGUCUAAAAGAGUACAGAUUCUGCCCUCGCAUAUUCCGGGACCAACGAAUCGCAUCCCCUGUGACUUGUUCCAUAUCAGAGACUGGAGCUCAGUCCUCGUCAAUGAAGGAUCCUUCGCCCCAGUCUAUUCAACCUACGAAUUCUUUCACUACUCAGCAGCUACUCUUCUUCCUGCAAUCUUUGACUCUUCGGAUCCUUCCUUCGAUGUUCUAUGUGCAAACCUUCAUUCGUUAUCCUACAUCGCCACAUUCCCCCUUUCUCAUCAUAUUUCUGACCAUCUCAUCCCUAAUUGCCCACCCGUGGAGCAUCUCUAUGUACAGCUGAUGCCCAAGAAUCGUGAUUUCUGGGAGAGCAGUAGUCUUUCACGGGUGAACCUGUCCGACUUGUGGCUUGAGUGCGAUACGUCUUACGCAUUGCUUGUGCGUCAGAUGCUGGAAACUGUUCCUCAACCGGGCUGGCAGAAGCUGAAGGUGUUUGAAACGGGUGAUACCCCUGCAGAAGGAGUGUGGAAGAUGAAUACUUACGAUGACCAUAUUAAUGGGUCAAAUGGGUGGAGAGAAGAGAGCGAGGGUGUAUUUGUCAAGGAUGAUAUUGAAAGUAGUGAUGAACAAACUAUGGUGGAAGAGUCAUAGUUAUGCGACUGGAAGAUUGACAAAGCCAGGUCAGGUUUAUGAUUAAUAGGGCAGCAUCUUAUGAUGCCAAAGUUCACUGGAUUUCGAACAAUUCUAUGGUUACCUUGCAACUCUAUUAGCACUUUUAUGAUAUGGCCCCAAUUCCAAUGAGGCCACAGAAUCUGGGUUCCUAUCAAGCUACACAGGAAGAGAUCUGAGAGACAGUAAACUGGCGUGGAUGAGGUUGAUUACAAUUUAUCUACAUGAUGCUCUAUCUUGGUAGAAUAUGAAAUCUAUCACUC